AUGGUGUUGAUCAAUGAGAAGAAGUUCGCCUGCGCGACGUGCAUCAAAGGACAUCGCGUCUCGGGAUGUACGCAUACCGACCGUCCCCUCUUUGAGAUCAAGAAGAAGGGGCGGCCGUCGACGCAGUGCAAGUGUUGCAAGGAUAAGAGGAAGAGUAAUUCGGUGCACAAUGCUUGCGUUUGUGGCGACAGCGCGCCCGUAGCUCCGCCUCCAGAUCACCACGCCGAGUCCUCGCGCGCGAGCGGGUCGACUACGCCCAUAGAGGCGAUGGAAUCUUUUGAGACGAGAAAGGGACAGCCGGGAAGCUCAGCGACGUUCCCGAACGGGCUGAAGGAUGUGCACGAGAUGAAUGCCGCGGUGGAGGCUUUGACGGGCUUCGCGGAGGAUCCAAUGCGUUCUGCUGAGCGGAUAGUCGCCCAUCUCUUGAAUCCCUGCACCUGCAAGCAUACGGGAAUCUGCAAAUGCUGCGAGCCCAAACGACCUGCUCGGAAGAGUCUCCACUCCCACACUUCAUCCUCUCAUUCUCACUCGUCGGGUCGGCGCACCCCUGAUGGGAACAACCACACGGAACAGCUCUCUUUCCAGCACCUCCCCGUACCGGACAUGUCACCUAGCAACCCACACCAUCCGGCCCACACAUCCAAGCAUGUCCACAAGACCAAGCUCUACUCCCCAUAUGUCCACUCGGCGGCGGCUCGUCAUACCCACACCAAGCGAGAGUCUCUGUCGCGUCAGGGCGCAACAUCGCCUCGGCCUCUCCCGCUCAAGCCGCUAGGAGAUAUGCCAACCUUCCUGGGCGCGCUGUUUCAGCCGGACGGGACUGUCUCGACCGAGAUCUCCCGCCACGCGUUGGGCCUCCCUGGGAUCCAUACCUUUGAUGCCCUGGCGGCGGAGGCGGCCAAGUCGGAGCCGAUGGAUUGGGAGGAAACGAUAGCCAAGGCGGCAGCGCACACGUCAGAAGAUGUGGAUAUGCCUCUCGCGUUCCCCACGGUAGAGGAUGCCCAGAUUGGCGCCUGCACGUGUGGCGAGGACUGUCGCUGCCCCGGCUGCAUCACGCACCCCAACGCCAGUGGAGACGUUGGCCAGGGCGGAAGUUGCGCAGAUGCGGGCUGCAAAUCCAGUUUUGACUGUUCGGACCAUCUCCACAUUCCCGCUGGAAUGACGUCCAUCGAGCAUCUCCUCGCUACGGCCGCAGCAAACGUGCCUGCUCCCUCUCGGAAACGGACGAUCGGUCUAAGCCCGCUCGAUACCUCCAUCGCUCCGCCUUCGGCCGGAUUCAGCCCCGACGCAGCCGCCAACUCGGGGUAUGUCCAGCUCAAACCCCUCGAGUGCUGCAAUGGGCGGUGCCAGUGCAGACCGGGGGAAUGUGUCUGCGAGAAGGACUGUUGUGGUUGCUGCGUACGGUGCGCGUGCGGGGAGGAC